AUGCUUCAUUGUAGUUCGUAUUGCAAGGGCAGCGGGGGUGGAACCUGGGCUACUGUGACACCGGCGUCAGGCGCCAGGCGGCGAUUUCUCCGUUUUGCUGUUGGUUUGUUGUCCAGCGCGUUGCAUUGGUUUUGCAUUGUUCCCUUUGGUUACACUGUUGUGCUCUUUCUCACUGCCACCCAGCUGCUCGCUUGUUCCGUGCUGCAAUGCACCGCCGCCGCUGUGCUGAACAACAUCCAAUGUGCAGUGAGUCCUCUGCCGUGGUCCAGCGAUCUCUUCACCAAUGCCACCGGCAACAAUCGCCCAUUUCAUGAGGCUGACGACCAUUCCACCUGCAUCCUAUAG